AGCUAGUUAGCAUUAGCUGUUUACAAGCCCAAACUUUUAACUUGAGACGGAAACCUAAACAAGCCCUCAACUUAAACGAAAAUGAAUGUAAUAGAUCAUGUACGGGAUAUGGCUGCCGCUGGCCUACACUCUAAUGUUCGGAUACUGAGCAGUUUGUUGUUGACGAUGAGUAAUAACAAUCCAGAGCUGUUCUCCCCGGCCCAGAAGUACCAGUUGUUGGUUUACCAUGCCGAUGCCAUCUUCCAUGAUAAAGAAUAUCGUAAUGCUGCCUGCAAAUACAGUAUGGCGUUGCAGCAGAAGAAGGUGCUCAGCAAAACAUCUAAAGUUCGUACUUCUACUGGUGGCGCGGCGUCUAACAUACAGGCUCAGAGUUUGCCAUCAGAAAUCGAGGUGAAGUACAAGAUAGCUGAAUGCUACACCAUUUUGAAACUGGAUAAAGAUGCCAUUGCAGUGCUUGAUGGGAUUCCAUCCAGACAGAGGACUCCAAAGAUCAACAUGAUGCUAGCUAACCUGUACAGGAAAGCUGGCCAGGAGCGCUCAGCAGUGACGAGCUACAAAGAGGUCCUCAGACAGUGUCCCCUCGCCUUAGAUGCAAUCAUUGGUCUUCUCUCUUUAUCGGUCAGAGGAGCCGAGGUGGCGUCCAUGACUAUGGACGUGAUCCAGAGUAUCCCCAACCUGGAAUGGCUCUCUGUUUGGGUCAAAGCGUAUGCCUUCAUACAUGCAGGGGACAAUUAUAGAGCCAUCAACACUAUUUGCUCUCUUGAGAAGAAGUCUCUGUUGCGGGACAAUGUGGACCUCCUGGUGAGCCUGGCAGAUGUGUACUUCAGGGCAGGUGACACCAAGAACGCCAUCCUCAAAUUUGAGCAAGCCCAGAUGCUGGAUCCUUAUCUCAUCAAAGGAAUGGAUGUUUAUGGAUACCUGAUGGCCCGUGAAGGACACUUGGAGGAUGUUGAAGUCCUCGGAGGACGAUUAUUUAAUAUCUCAGACCAGCAUGCAGAACCCUGGGUGAUCUCUGGUUGUCACAGCUUUUACAGCAAGCGUUACUCCAGAGCCCUCUACCUGGGAGCCAAGGCCAUCCAGCUGAACAGCAACAGUGUGCAGGCUCUCCUCCUGAAGGGGGCAGCACUGAGAAACAUGGGUCGCGUUCAAGAGGCCAUCAUCCAUUUCAGAGAGGCCAUGCGCCUGGCACCCUGCCGACUCGACUGCUAUGAAGGUCUGAUCGACUGUUACCUGGCAUCCAAUGGGAUUCGAGAGGCUAUGGGAAUGGCCAACAACAUCUAUAAGACUCUGGGGGCCAAUGCACAGACUCUGACCAUCCUUGCCACAGUGUGCCUCGAAGACCCUGUGACUCAGGAGAAAGCCAAGACCCUGCUGGAUAGAGCACUGGCACAGAGACCUGACUACACCAAGGCCGUGGUCAAAAAGGCUGAACUGCUCAGCCGGGAACAGAAACAUGAAGAAGGGAUCGCUCUCCUUCGUAACGCCCUGGCCAAUCAGAGUGAUUGUGUCCUGCACAGAAUGCUGGGAGAUUUUCUAGUGGCUAUCAAUGAUUACCAAGAAGCCAUGGAUCAGUACAGCAUAGCACUAAGCCUGGAUCCCAAUGACCAGAAGUCUUUAGAAGGUAUGCAGAAGAUGGAGAAGGAGGAGAGUCCCACAGAUGCCACGGUGGAGCUGGACGGCGACGACAUGGAAGGCAGCGGAGAGGAUGGAGAUCUUGAGGGCAGUGACAGUGAAGCAGCACAAUGGGCCGAUCAGGAACAGUGGUUUGGUAUGCAGUGACCCCGGCCACUGAAGGGUACACAGUCAGCUCCACCUUCUAACACACUGCAGCCUGUCGGACAGGACAAGGUGGUCUCUGAUGAUAUUUUCCCAUCAUUCUGUCAACCAGAUCAGCCACGUCACUGUGGAGCCAAAUGUUGUUUGCUGUCCAAUACAGCCUUACUAGUAGACACUCAACCGUAGAGAAAAGCAAGACAUAUUGUUCAAUGCAUUGAUUGCUCAGUGUUUGUAAAAACAAAGUCAUGUCUCUUUGGCUAUUUAUUCAGCAUUUCUUUGUUUCAUCUUUGCUCGCAGUGUGUGGCUGCCUGAAUUAAUGCAUCACUGUUCCAGGUAAUGCAAAGUGGAACUUAAAGUUAAUCACAUUCAUUACAAAGUGAGUGUCGGUGUAUUAAAAAGGCCUGCUUUGGAUCCUUUUUGACAACAAGUUGCUUCCAAGUGAAAUGUUUACUGGGAAAUGUAGACUGAAGCAACUGGUGCGAUGGGGAAAUUUUGUUCAGGCCCAAAACAGCUGGAGAUCUCCUUCACGUGUGUGACGGGGGGGACUGGUAGAGAUUUUACAUUGUGCUGUUUGAGCCUGACUGACUCGGCCAUUUACCGCAGAAAGGGCAAGGUGAAGGCAGCGAUGUGUAUUAUAAAGGUUGGGAAUUUUCCUCGACUUUGUAUCUCCAACAGGAAAACAGAGGGUCUGUGAAAAGGUCAUUAUGUACCAUAUUUCUGCUGCUUUUUAAAAUGUAUCAUCUUAAUUUUAACAUGAGAAUGUGUCAUGUAACGUACAUGAUUAUCAUAUGUGUGUGUUGUUACUGAGUCUGCCUUUCUGUAUCAAAAUAACCCUAUGAUUGACUCAUUCUUUAGUUGGGAAGUAUUACUUAACCAUUUCAAGACAAAUGUUUAUAGUAUUUUGUACAUAUUUUGAAAGUGUAUAAUAAAAUGAUUUAAAAACUCGUGA